CGCACGAAGCUGCGGGCUGAGCGAGGGAAAGAGCCCGUGAUGACAGUGACAUGCAAACCACAGCACCGCGGAGAGGAGUGGAAAAUUCAUCCUCCGGCUGACAAUGUAUCGGGUGUUCAGAGAGGGGGGGCGGGGUAGGCGCACUGUCCCAGGCCUUACGAAUCAAUGGCUCCCCCGCCCAAGCCGGCAGAGACCGCCGCCUGCGCUCGCAGCGCAUCAAUCAUUAACCGGCGCGGCGGGGGAGGCGGGCACAGAGCAGGAGCCGGCAUCCCGUUCUGCCGCGGGGGGGGACUCGGGGCCCCAAGCCGGGCAGGGUCUCGGUCUCCUCCAGCGGCAGGGGCUGAAUUACCGCGAGGCUGGGCUCCUCUGCAGGAGGAGCUGCCGCCGCGCGUCGGCUGGAGCGAUGCUGCCGCUGCUGCAAUGAGUGAUGCUGGCGGGGGGAGGAGGAGGAGAAGCACAAAUCCACUGCAAUUCCUCCUCCGGCGGCAGCGGGGAAAGCGGCUUUUCCUUUGCCGGCUUACAUCACCAGCCCGGCUCCGGCUCCGGGGCCCCAAAGGCGCCCUCUCCUCCCCCCACCGCCACCCCCGCAGAGGAGCAGCACCGCGGCGGGCCGAGGGGGCUGGGGAGGGGGGCACCAUGCCUGGAGGCCGGGCAGCAAAGGACCAGGCGCCUCCCCCUCCUCCCUCUGCCCCCCUGCUGCGCUGGGAUGAGGUGCCCGAUGACUUCGUGGAGUGCUUCAUCCUGUCGGGCUACCGGCGGCUGCACUGCAGCGCCCAGGAGUGCCUGGCCUCGGUGCUGCAACCCACCAACGAGACGCUCAACUUCUGGACCCAUUUCAUCCCCCUGCUCCUCUUCCUGAGCAAGUUCUGCCGGCUCUUCUUCCUGAGCGGGGCCGGCGAGCUGCCCUUCCACCACCCCCUCCUGCUGCCCCUCUGGUGCUACGCCUCGGGCGUCCUGCUCACGUUUGCCAUGAGCUGCACGGCCCAUGUGUUCAGCUGCCUCUCGCUGCGCCUGCGCGCCGCCUUCUUCUACCUGGACUACGCCUCCAUCAGCUACUACGGCUUCGCCAGCACCGUGGCUUAUUCCUACUACCUGCUGCCCGGCCUGCGUCUGCUGGACGCGCGGGCCAUGAGCCGCUACCUGCAGCAGCGCCUGGGCUGGCAGCUGGACUGCAGCCUCCCCAUCGCCCUCUACAGCGCCCUGGUGCUGCCGGUGGCCUUUGUGCUGGCCGUCACCUGCACCGUGGCGUGCUGCAAGAGCCGCUCCGAGUGGUGCGCCUACCCCUUCGCCAUCCGGACCUUCGUCUUUGCCAUGCCCCUCAGCAUGGCCUGCCCCAUCAUGCUGGAGAGCUUCCUCUUCGACCUGCAGGGGCAGAACCCCACCCUCUUCGUCUACUUCUACAGGCGCUACUUCUGGCUCCUGGUGGCCGCGUUCUUCAACAUCAGCAAAAUCCCCGAGAGGAUCCAGCCGGGGCUGUUUGAUAUCAUCGGGCACAGCCACCAGCUCUUCCACAUCUUCACCUUCCUCAGCAUCUAUGACCAGAUGUACUAUCUAGAAGAAGGGCUGCUGCAGUUCCUCAAAUCCCCACCUGCCUCCCCUACCUUCCUAGGCACCAUCGGAUAUAUGCUGCUCUUAAUGCUUUGCCUGGGAAUGGUCAUAAGGAAAUUUUUGAACGUUGCAGAUCUCUGCAAACAGGACUAGGCGGCCAGGUAUAUUUAUUCCUAUUGUGAUUCCUGUUCCUGUUCUUUUUAGAGGAUGCUGCAAAAUUUAAGUGAAAGCUACAAAGGAGCCUGGUACCUUUCUAUUGAAAGUGGUUGUUUCCUCUUGUCAAUCACUGAACUGCUAGAAUACUACUAUUACUCUUAAAACUACUAGGUUCCCAAGGGAAGAAAUCAAGCACUAUUGUUUAUAACUAUUCCUACAUUGUUGUUUAGGACACAAGGUGAAACCAUUUAGUACUACUGUUUAAUCUGCUAGAAAAAAAAUGCAUGAACUGUGAAGGCCCCUUUACUAACUCCAGACUGUUUAGGAGAUUGUUUAGCACACAAGGUGAAACCAUUUAGCACUACUGUUAAAUCUGCUAGAAAAAAGAAUGCAUGAACUGUAAAGGCCCCUUUUCUAACUCUAGAUCAUUUAGGAGAUUAUUUAAAUCAGCAAUAUAUGCACCCGCACCAGGAUUAUACACACAGAUUUUUAAUCAAGUCCUGUGUGGAAUUCCCUAGCAGAUUAUGCACUGAAGUUCUUCUUCUUCUGUGCUAUUGUAAUAGCCCAUUGGGGUCACAUUCAGUGGAACUGGAUUAUAAAUGCAAACAAGCUGACAGCUGUCCAUAGCCUCUCCCACUCCACCCCCCAGUGUUGUGUUAUAGCCUUUGUGGCAACCAAGCUACAGUUAAGAUUUUAGAGAGAAAGGUAAAAAACAACUGCAAAUCAUUAGGGAGCUAUAAUUUGAUCAAGGGAUUUUGUUCAUAUUGUGCGACUGAAGCUUGAAUUGUUGGAAUAGUCAUUCCAAGGCAAAA